AUGGGGGAGUGGACGUUCCUCAGCUCGCUGCUGGACGCCGUGCAGCUGCAGUCGCCGCUCGUGGGACGCCUGUGGCUGGUGAUCAUGCUGAUAUUCCGCAUCCUCGUGCUGGCCACGGUGGGCGGCGCCGUGUUCGAGGACGAGCAGGAGGAGUUCGUGUGCAACACGCUGCAGCCGGGCUGUCGCCAGGUCUGCUACGACCGCGCCUUCCCGGUCUCCCACUACCGCUUCUGGCUCUUCCACAUCCUGCUGCUCUCGGCUCCGCCGGUGCUGUUCGUCAUCUACUCUAUGCACCAGGCGAGCAAGGAGCCGGGCGAGCUUGUGGGCACCAUCUACACCAUCUAG